AGAGAAGCAGAGCACAACUCAGAGCACAACUCAGAGACCAUUUGUUUUCAACUUCGGGACUGCAAGUCAAGAACCAUGGGUUAUGGAAGUGUCUUAGAUGUGGAAACUUCUGGAGCUUCUGCAGUAACUGCUAGACAGGACAGACUGAGCGCUGGUGUUGAAGCAUCACACACCAUGGCCAAAACUGACCUUCAAAGAAUGGAAAGGUACAAGGCAAUAAUUAAGGAAGUGGGAAGAAAAUAUGGAGUUGAGCCAGCUCUGAUCGCUGCCAUCAUCUCCAGAGAGUCCAGGGCUGGGAAUUGUCUCAGCGGAGGAUAUGGCGAUGGAGGGAAUGCCUUCGGACUGAUGCAGGUGGAUAUCAAUCCGAGAGGGGGCGGACACACUGCCAGAGGUGAAUGGAAUAGCAAGGAACACAUCGAGCAAGGCACUGAGAUCUUGGUUCAUUUCAUCAAAACCAUCAGUGCUAAAUUCCCUUGGAGCCAAGAGCAAAAACUCAAAGGAGGAAUUGCUGCCUAUAAUGCUGGGGACCAAAGGGUGACCUCUACAAACGUGGAUGAAUACACGACAGGGGGAGACUACUCCAAUGAUGUUAUUGCCCGGGCUCAGUGGUACAAAAGGAAUGGAUACUGAUGUUAAUAUUUUAAAAGGAAUCUGAAGAAUCUAAGAAAUAUAUCGUGCAAUAAUUCUUUGUCAUUUGGUCAAAAUCAAGCUAAACAGUGCAACAAAAACAAUGAAUGCUUUGUCUGUUUUAUCCAAAGGGCUAGAUGAGAAAUAACACAUUCUCUAGAUUGCAAGUUAUACCCUGUGAACGUUAGAACAUUAUUCUUCUAAUUUGACAAUUUGGCUUUUUAGAUUUUUUGGGUUUUGUUUUAUUAUUAUUAUCAUCAGCUCUUUUCGAGAUUAAAAUGAUACAAUAUGA